AGUUAGCAAGCUGGCGAGUAACUUAUAAACGAAUUGCAGCAAUAAUCUACUUAAUUUAGCUCUAAGGUUAACUACACGAAGCGUUGUUGCUCUUCGUGGCAAAAUUAAGUGCUAAAAAGCAGCACGGUUUUUUCUUUAAAAACAAUGGCACACACACACACACACAACAGAAAGUAAACGAAUAGAAAUUAUUUGCGAAAAUAAAAGCGCUAGAGCUCAGAAGAGAAUUAUACUCUUAUACUCUUGAGAAAUGUCUUUAUAGUUUUACGUCAACUGACGUCAUUUUGGGUGUGACUAGAUUGUACAAAUACUACCCUCAAAGUUCAGGCUGUAAGGAUUGACAGUGUUUUCGUUUGGUGCAUCAUCAGUUUCAUGGAGAACGAUGGCUCGCAUCUCUUUGGACUCUCAAAACUCUUUACCAGGAAUUCCUUUGAGUGUGCUGUCUGUGCCCAUGGAGAAUAAGUACAAAUGUCAGCAGUGUCUCCAGGUCCUGAGGAAACCUGUCCAGGCUCAGUGUGGCCACCGCUUCUGUGUGCACUGCUUCAAGCUGCUCACCAGCGCUGGUCCAAAGCCUUGUGAAGCCUGCCGCCAAGAGGAGAUCUAUGAGGAGCCCAUGUCCAUCCUGAACAGUAACGAGGCGUUUCCAGACAACGCAGCCGGUCGAGAAAUAGCGAGUCUGCCUGCCAGGUGUUUGAACCAGGGCUGCAGCUGGACUGGAUAUAUAAAAGAGUACGAGGCGCAACAUGAAGGCCGCUGUGAAUACGAACGGGUGCAGUGCGAGGCCUGCCAGGCCUCCAUCCUCCUCAAGGACAAGGACAGACACAACGAGAGGGAAUGCGAGGCGAGAACGCUCAACUGCAAAUACUGCAAAGUUACAUUCAACUUUAAAGACAUUAAGGCCCACGAUGAGAUCUGUCUCAAGUUUCCCUUACAAUGUAAAGACUGCGGCAAGAAGAAGAUCCCCAGAGAAAAGUUCAGUGACCACAUCAAAUCCUGUGUCAAGUCCAAGAGCGCCUGUCCAUUCAGCGAAGUGGGCUGUAAAACUGUGAUAGAGAACGGGAAGCUGAGCGACCAUGAACACAGCAGCACCAUGGAGCAUCUGCGCCUGCUGCUGCCGAUGGUGCUGUCGAUGACCCAUCCGCGAAGCGAGGCCCUCGGAUCCGGGGAGCUGCAGGAGGACUCGGGUCUGGGUCUGUACAGAGCUCCUGAGGAGGGAGACGGCGCUGCAGCCGCCGCACAGCCUGUAGACCUGGAGAAAAAAGUAAUUGCUUUAGAAAACAUUGUGUGUGUCCUGAACCGGGAAGUGGAGCGCAGUUCGCUCACCCUGGAGGCUUUCGCCCACCAGCAUCGACUCGACCAGGAGAAAAUCGAAAACCUGUCGAACAGAGUGCGGCAGCUCGAGCGAACGGUGACCAUGAGAGACCUGCAGCUGUCGGAGACGGAGCAGCUGGUGCGCGAGCUCCAGAACUGCACCUACGACGGGAUAUUUGUCUGGAAAAUCACCGACUUCUCCCGGCGCAGGCAGGAGGCCGUGGCCGGUCGAACGCCUGCCAUGUUCUCACCCGCAUUUUACUCCAGCAAAUACGGCUACAAAAUGUGUCUCAGGCUUUAUUUGAACGGCGACGGGACCGGUCGGGGGACGCACCUCUCCCUGUUCUUUGUGGUCAUGAAGGGAAAGUGCGACGCUCUGCUAAAGUGGCCCUUCAGCCAAAAGGUGACUCUUAUGCUCCUGGAUCAGAACAACAGGGAGCACAUCAUCGACGCUUUCCGACCAGACAUCUCCUCCACCUCCUUCCAGCGGCCGAUCAGCGAGAUGAACAUCGCCAGCGGCUGCCCGCUUUUCUGUCCGCUGGCUAAGCUGGCCGGCAAGAGCCCAUAUCUGAGAGAUGAUACGAUAUUUAUCAAAGCAAUCGUAGACCUCACAGGCUUGUGAUGUGCACUGUGGAAGAUGCACUGAAAUAUUCCUAAGAAAAUAUUAGCCUCUCUUGCUCCAUAUAUAUUUAUAUACAAAUAUUUAUACACACUAAUAUAUGAAUAAUAAUGGAUAAUAAACGAUUAUAAUAAACUAUAGAUAUAAAUAAGUAUUGUAUUAUUAUAAUACAGGUCAGACGAUAUGCAACUGACUGUAUCAUAUCAUAAAAUAUCUUUUAUAUGUUUUAUUAUAAAAUUAUAGUCAUAAUAGCGCUUUUAUUGCAAAUUAAUGCAUAAGCUUUCAAACGAUUUGUGAGAAAAGUUGAACUUUUCUCUAGAAUAAAAAUUGUCCAAAUUAUAAAACUUAACAUUACUUUUAACCUGCUUAGUAGUAAUAGUAUAGCAGCUCAAAACAUAACAGGGGGCUUCGCACAUUCACGUUAAGAAAAAUGCCUAAUGUACGAUUUUUGGUGUAAGUUGUUGCUGGAUGUUUGUGAUGGUGCAGUUAGCAUGCAUGGGUGGGUUUCUCUACCCUGUCGGGGGAAAAAUGAGUUUAACGAAUGGUGGCUUGAAAUCUUUUGAUUUAUUGUAAUUAUUUAUGUAUAGUUUGUUAACCACGUUUUUUGAUUUAGUUUUAAUUCAAUAACAAAAAAUAAAAACAACCUGGAUGGUAAACAGCCUCGAAGUGAAAACGGUAAAAUAUCUUUCGAUAACAUAUUUUGUUAUUACGAUGUAGUAUAACAACUAAAAAGUAUAACAUUAUACAAAAAAAAGUUAAAUAUCUACUUAAAGAAACCAUAAAACUUGGAUUAUAUAGAAAUAUCUACUUAAAGAAACCAUAAAACUUGGAUUAUAUAGACAUUGGCGCUUCAUUGAGGAGUCGUAGCUUUCAUAUAGAAAUGAUUCCUGUGGUUUAAAGGGGUAUUUUAAUGAAAAAUACUAUCAGAACACCUCAGGAUGUAAGUUGAGUUGUGCAACUUCAUUUGUCAAAAUGUUUUUUGUUUGUUUUAAAAAAAAAUAGCCUUUUAGACUGAAAUGUUUAAACCACUGCAGGAGAUUUACCAGCAGCUGUUAAACUGUGACUUAUAGUUCCUCUAAUCUUUUUACUUUGUUCAUUGAAUUCAACCUAUGGAAAUGUAAUGUACGCCGGUCAACCUACGGCGAUUUAUACACUUAAAAAAUGUUGGUAAUAUUUAUUUAGUUUGGUUUCAGUAAAUCUUUGACUCAUACAUUUAUUGUAUGUAUGAGUCAAAUAUUGUAUGUGGCAAAUAUUUCAACAAAUGUGAAAUAAACGUGUAUUAAAAUCAAUAUUACUACUCUAU